AUGGAUGUGCUCAGCCCCCGACAGGGCAACAACACUACGUCCUCCGAAGGUCCCUUCGGGACAAACGGCAAUGCCACUGGCAUCUCCGACGUGACCUUCAGCUACCAAGUGGUCACCUCUCUGCUGCUGGGCACCCUUAUCUUCAGUGCGGUGCUGGGAAACGCGUGCGUAGUUGCUGCCAUUGCUCUGGAGCGCUCCCUGCAGAACGUGGCCAACUAUCUGAUCGGCUCGCUGGCAGUCACCGACCUCAUGGUGUCGGUGCUAGUGCUGCCCAUGGCCGCGCUGUACCAGGUGCUCAACAAGUGGACGCUGGGACAGGUCACCUGUGACCUGUUCAUUUCCCUCGAUGUGUUGUGUUGCACCUCGUCCAUCCUGCACCUGUGCGCCAUCGCGCUGGACAGGUACUGGGCCAUCACGGACCCCAUCGACUACCUGAACAAGAGGACGCCCCGGCGUGCCGCUGCGCUCAUCUCGCUCACUUGGCUCAUUGGCUUCCUGAUCUCCAUCCCUCCCAUGCUGGGCUGGCGCACCCCGGAAGACCGCUCGAACCCCGACGCGUGUACCAUCAGCAAGGACCAUGGCUACACCAUCUACUCCACUUUCGGCGCUUUCUACAUCCCGCUGCUACUCAUGCUAGUUCUCUAUGGGCGCAUUUUUCGAGCCGCGCGCUUUCGCAUCCGCAAGACAGUGAAGAAGGUGAAGAAGAGAGCGGACACCCGGCCUGGGGCGUCGCCAGCCCUGCAGCCCAGGAAGAGCAUAAAUGGAGAGCCGGAGAGCAGAGGAUGGGGGCAGGGCGUGGAGAAUAGGGCCGGGGGCAGCCAGUGCGCCAAUGGAGCUGUGCGACAGGGCGAGGAUGGCGCAGCCCUGGAGGUGAUCGAAGUGCACCUGAUGGGCCACUCCAAAGAGCACCUGCCCUUACCCUGUGAGGCGGGUUCUCUCCCCUGUGCUCCCACCUCCUUGGAGAACAAAAAUGAGCGCAACGCCGAGGCAAAGCGCAAAAUGGCUCUGGCCCGCGAGAGGAAGACGGUGAAGACACUGGGCAUCAUUAUGGGCACCUUCAUCCUCUGCUGGCUGCCCUUCUUCAUCGUGGCCCUGGUCCUGCCCUUCUGCCAGAACAGCUGCCACAUGCCCAGUCUGUUGGGCGCCAUAAUAAACUGGCUCGGCUACGCCAACUCGCUGCUCAACCCUGUCAUUUACGCCUACUUCAACAAGGACUUCCAAAACGCCUUUAAGAAGAUCAUCAAAUGCAAGUUCUGCCGCGGAUGAUGAUGGGGGAGCAGCCGCCCAGUAGGCCCGCCCCAUCCACGUUGCCUCCCGCAACCCUCUGGAAUCAAUACUUAAGAUAACUUGCUGCUUUUUCUCUUUCUCAGUGGCUCCGCCUGCGGCUUCCAGACCUC